UGAUCACGUUCUCUGAACAGAAAGUGAAAGGAGACGCUUCUGAAAUCGCUGACACACUGUCAGGCCUCCCUUAAAACCUGGUUAAAACCUCCUGUAAAAUUACUUUUAGCCAGUUUUAGUGUGAUUUUAUUGGGAGAAAGGUGUUGGAGAAGCAGUGAGAAGAUGCUGAACUCUUCUACCCAGUAUGAGAUGAGCAGUGGAGGCUUUAACUUUGAGAACGCGCGCAGAAAUGCAGUGUUGGAGGCGGAUUUAACAGAGAAGGGCUAUAAAGCACCUAAAGCCAGGAAGACUGGAACCACCAUCGCUGGGAUCGUCUUUAAGGAUGGAGUGAUACUCGGUGCUGACACCAGAGCUACAGACGACAUGGUGGUGGCUGAUAAAAACUGCAUUAAGAUCCAUUACAUCGCUCCUAAAAUAUAUUGCUGUGGUGCUGGCGUUGCUGCGGAUGCUGAGGUCACCACCCAGAUGAUGUCGUCCAACAUAGAGCUGCAUUCUCUCAGUACAGGACGUCCUCCUCUCGUCGUCACCGUGACCCGACAACUCAAGCAGAUGCUUUUCAGGUAUCAGGGACACAUUGGCUCCUCCCUGAUUGUGGGCGGGGUCGAUGUUAACGGCCCCCAGCUCUACAGUGUCUACCCCCACGGCUCCUACGACAAACUGCCCUUCCUCACCAUGGGAUCUGGAGCAGCUUCAGCCGUCUCUGUGUUUGAGGACCGAUUCAAGCCCAACAUGGAGCUGGAGGAGGCGAAGCAGCUGGUGCGGGAUGCUAUAGUUGCGGGUAUAUUCUGUGAUUUGGGUUCGGGCAGUAACGUGGAUCUGUGCGUGAUCACGGAGAAAGGCGUGGAUUUUCUGAGGGGUUACGACCAACCUGCCGAGAAGGGCGUCAGGGAGGGAAGCUACAGGUAUAAGCAGGGCACGACGCCGGUCCUGACCAAAACCAUCACCCCGCUCACUCUGGACAUCGUAGAGGAAUCUGUCCAGACCAUGGACACCCAAUAAAACUUCACCCAGUGCUUCAUUUAACUCCAUUUAACAUGUUUUUUACUCAACUGGAUCAGAAAUUACAGGCUGCACAUUAAA